UCCUUUCUUUCUCAGUGGAAGGAAGGGGAAAAAAACUCGGGGGGGAGAAACAAGAAAAAAGUCCAAACUGGAUUACAUUUGGUUGCAUCUGCCUGCGUGAUUUCUGUCCUGGACCUCGGUUACGCACAGGUUUUCAUUAAUGGAUUAAUGCGCUGGUUAAAUUGCGGAUCUGCCUGAAGCUGAAGCUGGUGGCUUAGGUGAGGUGAAUCGAGGCGGCGUUUGAAGAGGGGUGAAACCAUGUGGCUGCUCUGCACCUCUCUGACUCUGCUGGCGCUCGGCUUCGGAUCAUGUGACAUGCUGACGUCGGAGCAAGACGUCCUUUGCCCAUCCUUACAAGUGGAUGAUUGGAAGUUUCCCCAGACGACCAGGGACAAUAUCACAGGCUUUAAUCUGGUGAGGCGAUUCUCCCUCCUCAAGAAUACAGAUGUCAAGAAGAUCCGCAACCCUCGAGGAUCCGUCAUCCUUCGCCUGGGCAAGACAGCGCUCAUCCAACCUACGGAGCAGGUGUUCCCUCACGGCCUGCCCGAGGAGUUCACGCUGAUCUUCACCCUGGCGUUGAAGAAGACCGCCCUGAGGGACACCGUCUACCUCUUUCAGAUAUCCGAUCCGCAGGGAUACCCACAGCUCUCCGUCGACCUGAACGGCGCCGAUGGCACCCUGUCCCUUCGGGCCAAAUCGGCCGACCCCGCCGAAGACCUCGUGAGCUGCGUUUUCAACGGGGAGGGCGUGGGAGCCCUGAUGGACCUGCGCUGGCACAAGCUGGCCCUCAGCGUGCAGCACGGGGCCGUCUCUCUCCACGUGGACUGCAACUCCAUCGAGACCAAGCCCCUGGAGCCCCACUUCGUUCCGGCAACUGAGGGACACUUGCUGCUGGGGAUUCGGGCUUCAGACGCUAGACCCGCACAUCUGGACAUUCAACAGGUGAUGCUGUACUGCGACCCUUCGCUUGCCAUGCAGGAGGCCUGCUGUGAGAUACCAGGGGCUCGGUGUCCUCCCGAUGCGUCCAAGAGCCGCCGCGCCGCUGAAAACGACCUGCUGGACAACACCUUCAGCCAGCAGGACAUUUUUGCAUCCAAGGAUCUUUCAGAAAAAGUGGUGAACUUCGGUGGGGUUGCCGGGCUGAAAGGGGAAAAAGGCGACCGGGGCGACGCCUGUUCUGGCUCACAUUCAGGCCCGUGCACGGAGGGACCCAAGGGCCAGAAGGGAGACAAAGGCGAGCCGGCGACGCCCGGCAACUGGGGCGAAGCAGCUCAGCACAAGGGAGAAAAAGGUCGGAAGGGAGACAUGGGUCCACAGGGUCUGACAGGCACACCGGGGAAGGAUGGUCGAGCAGGGUCCAUCUGUGUGGUCGGCCCCAAGGGACAGAAGGGCGCUCCGGGCACGGUGGGUCCUGAAGGGUUGGCCGGGGAACCGGGGAAGCCGGGACUUCCAGGCCUGCCAGGAAUUGGAAAGCCAGGUCCUCCUGGUGAACCGGGCGGUCCGAAGGGAGACAAGGGCGAUGCGGGACCUUCAGGAGAAGAUGGAUCGCCAGGAGAUCCAGGGCCAAGAGGACCGCCGGGGACUAAAGGAGAGAAGGGUGACCCCUGCGAAGUGUGCCCGGUGCUGCCCGCAGACGGGUCAGGCACGGUAGCGGUACGAGGGCCGCCGGGGCCUAAAGGAGAUCCCGGAUUACCAGGGAUAGGAGAGAGGGGGCUGCCUGGGCCUCAAGGUGCAGAUGGCACGGCAGGACAGAAGGGAGAACCAGGAUCAGGUGGCAGCAAAGGAGAAAAGGGCGAGCCAUGCUCCGUGUGCCCCACUCUGGGAGAGCUGCCUCCGAACCUGCAGCCCAACGUACAAACGCAGCAACAGAAAGGCGUCAAGGGAGAGCCUGGGAUCGGACUGAAGGGCGAGCCGGGUGAGCCGGGAAAUAUGGGAUCACCUGGCCUUAACGGAGAGAAGGGGGAUGCAGGCAGUAAAGGAGCCGAUGGGAAGCCGGGAAAACCUGGACAGAGGGGACUUUCCGGCAAGGAUGGACUCAAAGGUGCAAAGGGAGAACAGGGAAUUCCUGGUCUCAGUGUUCCGGGCCUAAAGGGUGAGAAGGGCGAGUGCGGUGUGUGUCAGUCGUCAGAGGUCGGCAGCGGACCCACCCAAUCGAAAUGGCCUGAUUCAGCCACCGGCAAACCAGGGGAACCAGGUCCUCCGGGGCUGCCUGGACCUCCAGGGCUCGGGGCUGACGGUAAACAGGGUCCACCAGGACUGGUUGGCGCUAAAGGAGAAAAGGGCGAACAAGGAAACCAAGGAGAAAAUGGAUUGGGUGGACCUCCAGGUGCUCCAGGACUGCCUGGAGAGCCGGGUCGCGAUGGCUUAAUGGGCUUGAAGGGAGAGAAGGGCGAUGCCUGUACCAGCUGUCCUUCCUCUGACACUGUGGCGGGCGACGGCGUCGCUGUGCCGGGCCCCAAGGGGGAGCGAGGGGAUCCUGGUCCUCCAGGAGAGGGGAAGCCGGGCAGAAACGGAAAACCAGGUUUGCCAGGUGUUCAGGGGCUGGUCGGUCCCAAGGGAAGCAAGGGGGAGGCCGGGGCUGCUGGAGUCGGGCUUCAAGGACCACAAGGGACUGAAGGACCCAGAGGACUCCCAGGACUUCCUGGGCCUGCUGGGGUCAGCGGACUGCCUGGCCCUGCUGGCACAGAGGGGAAGAAGGGACCCAAAGGUGAUCCUGGACUUCCUGGACCACAGGGUCCACAGGGUGUUGGAGCAGCAGGACCCCCGGGCAGAGACGGAGCUCCCGGCUCUGCAGGACAGCCGGGACCUGAAGGCAGACCCGGACUUGAUGGAGCCAAAGGGGACAAGGGCGAACCUGGAGAGUGCAGCUGCGUACCGCCGGGGCACAUGGGUGCUGGCGGACCAGGAGCUCCAGGAACUCCAAUAAGCACGUGGCAGCCCGGGCCUCAGGGCCCUCCAGGACCUCCCGGCCCUCCUGGUCCCCCGGGGCCGCAGGGACUCAUUGGAGUCCAGGGACCUCAGGGUAUCCCCGGAAACGACGGGAUACCGGGGAACCCGGGUUUGCCUGGAAAAAGCGCUUCUACUGGGACACACAACCUGCCCCGAGACUCCCCUGGAGUUCCUGGUGAUGAGGCCUGUGAAGGGGGCUGUUCGCCAGGGUCCCCGGGGGUGCCAGGUAUGGUUGGUGCCAAGGGAGAAAAAGGAGACGAGGGCAAACCUGGUGUCACCACCUUGGACAGCUGUGACAGGUGUUUGGACAGACUGAGGAGUGAACAGGCGACACAGGCAGUGGGAGAUCGGUCCUGCACAGGAUCGCCAGGAAUUCCAGGAACGCCUGGACCGCCGGGAAUACAAGGAGAGCGAGGCUUCAAUGGAGAAAGAGGCCCAGCUGGGAUACCAGGCAGCAUCGGUCCUCCUGGUUUCCCCGGUCCUCAGGGCCCAUCUGGUUCACCUGGUCAGCAGGGCGAGCGAGGGGAGCCCGGCCUCGCGGGCAUGAAGGGCGAGCAGGGCGCUCCGGGGACACCUGGAUAUCCAGGAACGAUGGGGCUGCCUGGACUGCCUGGACUGAAGGGCGAGCGAGGAACCCCGGGAAGCGGCGGGCUGAAAGGCGAAUCGGGUCCUCCCGGCAGCCCCGGCUAUCAAGGACAGGCGGGCCCACCGGGCAUUAAAGGAGACACGGGCCCCGCGGGGCCUGCUGGUCCCAAAGGAGAUCAGGGUUUCCAAGGACAGCCGGGUUUCUCAGGACCACCGGGUGCUCCAGGUCCUCCUGGUAAGAGUGGAAGGGAAGGAUCUUCUGGCCUUAAAGGGGACAAGGGCAACGAUGGAGCUACAGGCUCUCAGGGGUCAACUGGACCCCCCGGCUCUCCUGGCUCCCCCGGCUUGAUGGGCCCCCCGGGCAUCGAGGGGAUGGAUGGAAAAGAUGGGAAACCAGGACUGCGGGGAGAGGCGGGCCCCCCGGGGCCGGCAGGACCACGAGGAAUCCCAGGAUUCAAAGGGAAAACUGGCCAUGUUGGCUUUCCUGGACAGAAGGGUGAGGCCGGACCUUCAGGCCCACCGGGACCUUCUGGAAGACCGGGACAUGACGGGGAUCCUGGCACUCCAGGACCUCAGGGACGACCUGGACCUCCGGGCCACCUUGGCUCCACAGGCCCUGCUGGACCUCCAGGACCUCCAGGCCCAUCAGGAGUGGGCGUUAAAGGAGAUAAAGGCCAGGGUGGAGAAAGAGGUCUUCCAGGGAUGGUCGGACCUCCGGGACCACCUGGACAUCCGGGACCUUUAGGGGAGCCCGGCAGCGACGGCGUUCCCGGCAAAGACGGGUCGGCGGGUGUACCGGGGGACAGUGGGCAGCCGGGUCAGAAGGGAGAACCAGGAGCUCCCGGCCAGAGGGGCGCUCCGGGGGAGAGAGGAAGGCCCGGCCCCCCUGGCGGCGGCGGAUAUCACUCCAAGGACGCUCAGCCCAUGAUGGGUCCAGCUGGACCGCGAGGAGAGAGGGGAAGCCCGGGGUCAGCGGGUCCUCCUGGACCCGCUGGCGCUCCAGGCUCACCAGGAAAUGAUGCUGUCGUCAAUUAUGACGACAUCAAGAACUUCAUCCGCCAGCAGGUCAUCAAGGUGUUUGACGAGAGGAUGGCGUACUACAUGUCUCGCAUGCAGAUGCCCGUAGAGAUGGUGGCAUCUCCGGGUCGGCCCGGGCCUCCGGGAAAAGCCGGCUCUCCGGGUAAUCCCGGGGCUCCCGGCGCGCCCGGACUCCCGGGACAGAUCGGCAGGCAAGGCCGGCAGGGACCCCUGGGACCUCCAGGCCCUCAAGGACCACAGGGAGUUAAAGGAGACAAGGGUGUAGGAGAGGCCGGAGAUGUAGGACCUCCAGGAGCACCGGGUGUUCCCGGCGCACCGGGCUACGGUAAGAUGGGCCCCCCUGGUCCUGUUGGCCAGCAGGGCGUUCCGGGGAUCCCGGGCCCUCCUGGACAUCCCGGAGGAAGUGGAAAAGAUGGCCGCUGCAAUCCCGCAGACUGUAUGAGCCAUCAAGUAGAAUACAGCCCCAAAGGCCCACCGAUCAAGGGCCCCUGGUAGAGGACCGGAGGGGCCGGAGGGACUGAAGCAAAGAGACUAUAUGGAGAAGACAGAGACCACGACCCAAAGUUAUUGAAUCUGAAUGUGGGAGACAGGAGCUGCCUUUGUUGUUGAAUAGAUUAAUUUACCCGCUGAGAUUUCUGCUAUAGUUCUGGAAAAAAAAAAAAAAUCCCCUCUUUCUCUCUCAGCGCCCCAGUGGACCUGAGGCCUGCACAGCCACACCAGCAGCACAUGCAAAUGCUCCUUUUUCGCUUUCCUGUAAUGUAAAAUUCAUCUCUAUAUUACUGUCUUAUUUCAACUUUGCCUGUUUUUUUUUUUAUUGUUGUUUUUUUUUUUUCCCUUCUCCUUCUGUGUUACAUUUUCAAACAGCCCUGGGGAGGUGACAAGAAUCACAAUCCUUGUUUUGUCCUCCAUGAUUAAUUCUGGCCUCUGCUUUCUUUUUUUUUCUCUUUCUUUUCUUUCCUUUUUUUCACCCACUUUCUUUGUCUGAAUCUGUAGGCAGAGAAUCCACACAAUUACUGUAAGACACUUGCUUCCAUCUCUCAUAUCUUUGUUUCUUCUUUAUGCAAUCCAUUCUGAGUGCAGCCCAUGCAUUUCUAAUAUGCUGUCUGACUGCUUGAGGUGGGGUACAUUUUUGAUUUUUACUUGUAAGAGAAAAAAUCCCAAGAAAUGUAUUUCAGUUGUGCGGAAACAAGUCGUUGCAAAGAUACACUCUUACCCUCCUUGAUGGAUUUGACUGUUUUUUUUUUUUUUUUGUAUAUAUUUAUAUUUAUGCACAGUGGCUUUUUAUACUUUUUAAAGGCUUUUAUGAGAGUAAGCCAUUGAGCUUUCAUUAUAAGUGGUUGUGCUGCAAGUACAAAAAAAAACAACAUAUUUUUCUAAGGUCUAUAAUGUUGCAAAAAGGAUUAAUGUGUUCAGUAAAGAAAAAAAGAGGAGGAAUUAUUUAUGGAGGAAAAUUGCGUGUACACAGAAAGCUUGCCGGCUUUCAUAAUAACGUUGCUAAAGUUCAUUUCGUGUCCUUUUGAAUCCACUAUUUUUGGCAAAAGCAGCCGUUUUUUAAGCUGCUCAUUUUGUACUCGGACGUAGCUUCACUGCAACAUUUGAGCCCAUUCACUACAGGUACUGUAAUGCAACACUUUCACUCACCAAAGAAGCAUCACACGACACUUUUAUACUGUUAGACAUUACUAUAGUUUUUUUUUUUAUCGGUCAUAUUUUUUAAAAAAGAAUCAUUUUUGUAUCUGUAAAUCUGGGCUUUUAAAGUGUUCCUGUCUUACACGCUCUGUCGUUCUCACCGUCAGACUUUUGUUUCUCACAAGCUAACUCAUGGGAAAUGUUAAAAUUAAUUAAAUUGCUUUUCAAA